CUUAGCUUCAUUUGAAAGCAAAGCACUCUUCACAAAUUAAACGGAACCCUAAUUAUUCGAAUUGAGGCCUGAUUUUGAAGGGAAGACUUUCGCAGGGAUAGGUAGUAAUGGAUUCAAAUGCGCGGGAAAGCUUGGACUCGAAGGCAGAAUUUAGGAAGCCUUCGAAUGAUGCAGCUUCGAGGAAGUACCGGCGUCGAUCUCCGGCCGGUGGGUCAUCAUCUUCGUCUGACGGGAGUCUGCAUCGAGAUCGAAGCUCGAGUCCUCUCCCACGAAAGAAGGACAGUAUAAGAGUUGCUGAUGAUAAUCGAAAAACUGAGGAUGGUAGGAACCUGUCUGGCCGCAGUGGUGAAUCAUAUAAAUAUACUGAUCGGCAUUCAUCUAAAAACUACCCUAGACAUGAUGAACAUAGCAGACGUGAUAGGCAUGUUGAUGACUAUGACAGAGGCUAUUCGAAGUCAUCUUAUCGUUCUAACCGGGACCAACGAGACAACGGUAACUUUGAUCACUCGAGGUCAGAUAAAGAGCACAGAUCUAGAGAUUAUAUCAAAGAUAUCGACACACACUCUCAUGCAAAAUCCGAUGGUUUGGUGAAUAGAAGUAGGGAUAAGGAAAAAUACGAGAGAGCUGGAUCUGGUAGAGGCGACCAAUAUGUAAAGACAGAUCGCAGAAAGAGUUUGGGGGAUCAAAGUGAUUCUUCUUCUCGGAAAGAUACCUCUGGACAUCGUUUGAAAGAAACUUCCUGGAGAGAGGGGAAGGAAUUGAAUGCUGAGAAGUAUGUAAAUGAUGAAAAGAGGAAAUUUGAUAAUCGGAGUAUAUACAAGGAGGAAGGUAAUGGAGAAGCAAAGGAGCAUUCGGAUGAUAAAUCCAUCAAAUUUACAGAAACUGUUACUAAGAAGCCGAAGUUUUCUAGCCUGGACAGUAAAGCUCCUGUAACAGAUGGUACUUCUGAGCAGCCUUAUGUGACAGAUUCUGAUAUCGAUGCUGCAAAAAUUGCUGCCAUGAAAGCUGCUGAAUUAGUGAAUAAGAAUUUAGUUGGGACUGGGUACAUGUCGACUGAUCAAAAGAAGAAGCUUUUGUGGGGCAGCAAGAAGAGCACCGCUACAGAAGAGUCUGCUCAUCGUUGGGACACAAUAACCUUUGGUGAUCGUGAACGGCAAGAAAAAUUCAACAAACUCAUGAAUCUGAGGUUGCCUUGGUACCUAUUGCCAAUUGUAGGGAGUAAAGGCGGACCCUGUGGUUGUGGAGCACAAAUCAGACAAUCCCGAUGUAGAGAAGCAAAGGGAGCAGCUUCAGAUGGAUUUGGAGAAGCAAUACACAGCUGGAUUGCGUCGGAGAGAUGGUCGAACUGUUGGACUCGGUCUUUAAAUUCUCUCUUUAGGUACUCUCGUCAUGCUUGUAUUAUUAGUCAACUUUUCGUGAUUAUGUUAUAUUGCUUUACGAAACUGUUCUGUAAUAUGUUGAAAGUCCGUCACGUGGAGAUUUUUGUGGUAAUUGGUAAGGUUGCUAUGCUUUGUCAGAUUAAAUGUGCUUAUUUGUUUUGUCUGCGCCUUUUAUUACAACGAGGUACGAGGUUUAAAUAUGUAAUCGAGUUGAAGGGUCUGCUUCAGUUUUUUAGGAUCGUAUAACAUGUGAGAAACCAACUUACAUUUCUUGGAAA